UCGGAAUCUCAACUUUUUCACCUCUUUUCGCGUCAUCUGGUCCCGUACUCAGUCUCUGUAGACGAGCUUCCCCUUGCUCCAAUCCCUCAUCUUGCGGAUCCCCAGUGAAGAACCCUCGCGCGAUCCAACGUCUAGAUAAUGGCAUCUGAGACCACACCUCCCGAAGCUUCCAAGCCCAAGUCGCAAACCAAGGUCCGCAAGCGCGCGCCAAAAGCCUGUCUAUCAUGUCGCGCUCGCAAAGUCAGAUGCGACGUGUCUCAGCGAGGUCGCCCAUGUAUGAAUUGCUACCUCGACAGUGAGAACUGUGUUGUCACUGGGCGGGCGUCACGGUUAAGAGCACAACAAAGAGAUGGCGUCGACAGCGCGGAAGGCGCAUAUCCUCAGUACGACGCAGAGGCUGGCGAGCAACUUCUUGUCGUAGAUCCCAUCACAGCAACGAGCGACGACUCUCGGCCUAUUCCCUCAAACGAAUCAGACGCCCAGCCACAAACCUGCAAUCAUUCCCACGGCGACGACAUCACAAUACCAGCAGCCACCGAUCGACCAAAGAGCCCGGUGGUCGGCAACAGCAAUGUUCAGCAUGAGCAUCCCAAGCCAAGUCGUCACCACGCCCGCCCUUCGGUCGCGUCGACAAGCACGUACGAAGCUUUUCCCUCCAAUUCCUUGCCAUUGAACAAUCAACCCUUCACGACGCCAUAUACCGCCGGACAACAGAGCACAAUGGGGAUAGACGUCACAUACUCAUUUUACCCGUUCCUGGCACUGGGCAAUCUUCACGGAAUACCACCACAGGACGUGAACUAUCUGGAGCUCCAGGGAUGUCUCAGGGUGCCAACGCGCGCCAUUCUAGACGAGUUUGUUCAACAAUACUUCCUGCACGUCCACCCAUUGCUGCCAAUGAUCAAUGAGGGCGACUUUUGGGAUAUCUACUGUGUGAAUCCUACCAGUUACGUGCCUGGCGAAAAGCUCUCACUGCUCGUCUUUCAGGCAAUGCUGUUCGCAUGUUGCAAUUUCGUCUCCCGCCAGACUAUCAAGACUCUCGGCUUUCCCACAGUACGAGCCUGUCGCGCGGCUUUCUACAGACGUGCCAAGCUCCUUUACGACCUCGAAUCCGAAUCGUCUCCCCUCGCAAUCUCACAGGCCUCACUCCUCCUCUCUUUCUGGUCUUCGCCCACGUCCCCGGCUUUCCGCAAAUCCAACACAGCGUGGCUCUCCAUCGCCAUUCAAAAUGCGAAAAUGGUAGAAGCCCAUCAUUACGCCACCCGUACAGCGUCUCCCAAGAAGCGCAACCUCCUCAAGCGGCUCUGGUGGUGCUGUAUCAUUCGCGACCGAAUUGUCGGUUUAGGUCUCCGCCGCAGUCUGCAGAUCACGCGAAGUCAUUUCACUUUUGACGCCAAUGAGAGUCUUGGUUAUUCGGACUUGGCGGAUGAGAUUGAAAGGAGCAGAGUGUAUAACCCAGGCACGAAACGAUGCUUGGCUGAGAUUUUGGAGCAACUAGUCGAGCUCUGUGUCGUGCUGACUGACAUUCUGAUCCUGGUGUUUCCGCUCGACGACAGGCCGGGAUGGGGCAGAGAGAUGCGAGCUGAAGAACAGGACAAGGUGCGAGUUUGCAAGGUCGCGCUACAGAGGUGGUACAAGGGCGUGACGAUGCGGUUCCCUAUGUUUGGUGGCGGUUCUGUCGCGAGGAUGAAGGCUCCUGGAAACGAGUUCCAACACGACUCGGUGAUAUUGUACACCAAUUUGAUGUAUAUGUACUAUCAUUCCUCUCGAGUUGUCCUCAGUCACCACGAAGUCCUUCACCUCGCCAUCACCGCCGCGGCACCAUCGUUCAACGCCAUCCCGACGUCCGAUCUCAUCAUCAUUGGAGAGAACCGACACGAGCUUCAGGAUGCCGCUUCCGGGGUAACAGAGUGUCUCAAGGAACUGAUUCAUCUUCGACUCGCACGCUGGCUACCCAUCAGUGCUGUAGCCUGCACCGCUUUGCCGUUAGUCCUGCACAUCCUUGACGUGAAGCUAUCAGCCUCCUCGCGAUCCUUCGACCCCAACACACAAUCAGCGCUCAAGCAACAUCGCCUGAACAUCCUGAUAGAGGCAAUGAAGACCUACCAGCCGCAAUACGAUGGUGUCGACUGGGUCAGCGAGACGAUUCGACACAUUGUUAAUUUGGCGCAGAUCGAAUCGCCAGCACCAGGGGAAUCUGCAACAGCGACCCCAGGCGGCGCAGUCAUCGCAGACUGGACCGACAUCCUCGCCUCUCAACCCUCCUCUUACCUCCGCCUAGCCCUGACGAUGGACCUCUCCCUCAGCAAAGGUCGGCUUCCCGAAGACGGUGACUUCCCAGUCAGUCUCCGAGGCCUCUUUACAGGGGGCUUCAAUCCUCUCAAGGCGCUCCUGGAGCGUAAGCGGAACGAGAGCAGGGACGCGAGCAGGGAUGCGGGCGCGGGGUUCUCAGAGGCUGCUGAACAUGCCGAAGAUCGUAUGACGGACUUUGACGCCGCGGCGAUGCGUGUCAAUUUGUUCCGUAUGCAGCCGGCGGGAACCGUAGCGGCCAUCCCGUCAGACGACGACUCUACAUCGCCCACGUCCGCCGGAAGCCACAGCCAGGACAGCGUCACGGACGAUACAUCACCGCGCACCGGGGGCGAAUACCAAAGCAGCUGCGACGUCAACAUGGCAGAUCGCCCGCCGUCAGAAGGGAUCGAUGGUCUCGCGGCCGAGGUCCUUGCCGCGUUUCCCCUGGACGAUCAGUCUGCGAGUGUGGCUGGCGACUUUGACGGCAUGUACUUUGACGGAAUGCCGGGGCACGAUGGACCCGGGGGGUGGAUCGAGACGGCGUGGAACGAGCUUACGCAGCAUUCUGCUGUGCCGGGGUCCGGUGAGGAUCGUGGGGAUCGGGAUACGGCGAGAGUGCUGCUUGAUGCGUUGAGGGAGGGGGAACUGGCGGAGUGUGCGGCAUGAAGUGGGAGUAGAGUAAUGUAUGAAGAAGAUUGAUGACUUGAUGACCUGAUGUAUGCUUUUCCUGGCUUGGAAUGUGUAGAUGGAUGGAUUUUGGUAUAAUAA